AUGAUGAGCCACUCACGCAUCAGGAACCGGAGCCGCAGUGCCUGUGACAACGACUACCAAGUGGAUUUGGCAGCUGUCGCCAACCAUUCGGCGCGGGAGCAUCGUUGCAAUGAUCGGUCGCUCGUCAGUAACGCAACCCAGCGCUCGCGCACAUCGCAGUUUAUGACGGUCCAGCCGAAUCGCACCGCUGAGUGCCCGACCAUGGGAUCUCGUCAGACCAAUGACGAAACGGCGGGAUCGAUGGACGAUGACUUCGAUCAAAUCUACCGCGACCCGGAACAUAUGACUUCUUGGAUCGGCGACUUCCCAACUGGUGAUCAGUACGGCGUGCUCGAUGAUCAGUACACUCGCCAGCAAGCUAGCCGUCAGGCGGUAAGCUAUCAUCGUAACGGUGCGCACCUCGGCCGCUCUGCAGAUGUCAGCUAUACCAACUGUCCUCUCCAGCUCGAGACGCUGAAUGGAUACAGCCAGGACGUGACGUCCGACAGCCGUAUCAACGAAGUACCAGAGACGCCGACCGUCAGCACAAUUUAUCCUCGAAACGUGAUUCCUUUCCCGACCAAUGGUGGUCACAGGAGCCAGUCCAGCAUGAGAAAGCAUGCUAUAGCCAGAUACAUGCAUGACGCCGAGGACUACGCUCCUUCACAUUUCAUCUCGAAUGGCGGUCGUCCUCGCGACUCCUACUGA